AUGAAUGACAGCAAUGUACAAGACCAAUCCCAGAAACGAUACCUAACGCAACGUCGAACCGUGGAUAUGAGCUCUCCAUUCGAGAAAUUGUACUACUAUAGAAGGCACGGCUUAGAGCUACCGAUCAUCGAACCAGAAAACUCGUAUACAACCGACAUCAUGCCACCGUGUGCUUACCGCUCGAGAGAUAGGGUCAUCAAUUUUACAAACAAGUUUACUCAUUUGAGUUCAAACAAAGUCAAGCAUGUUAUCCCAGCCAUCAAAUGGACACCUGAGGGAAGAAGGCUAGUUGUUGCCACGUAUAGCGGAGAGUUCUCACUUUGGAAUGGUUCUUCUUUUAACUUCGAGAGCAUCAUGCAGGCUCAUGACUCUGCAGUGACUACGAUGGAAUACUCUCACGCCGGCGAUUGGAUGGUCAGUGGUGAUUCCGAUGGUACAAUAAAGAUAUGGCAACCAAAUUUUAACAUGGUGAAGGAACUUGAUAGGGCACAUACCGAAUGCAUACGAGAUGUUGCAUUCAGUGGUAAUGAUUCAAAAUUUGUUACAUGUUCAGAUGAUAACAUUCUAAAAAUCUGGAAUUUUAGCAACGGUCAACAGGAAAGAGUUCUAUCUGGGCAUCAUUGGGAUGUGAAGAGUUGUGAUUGGCACCCAGAAAUGGGUUUAAUAGCAUCAGCAUCCAAGGAUAAUCUAGUAAAACUUUGGGAUCCCAGGGUAGGACAAUGUAUUUCCACAAUUUUGAAAUUCAAACAUACAGUGCUCAAGACAAGGUUUCAGCCAACUGGGGGAAAUUUACUAGCUGCAAUCUCUAAGGAUAAAUCGUGUCGAGUAUUUGAUAUCAGACAUAGUUUGAAGGAACUGAUGGUCGUUAGAGAUGAAGUCGACUAUAUGACUCUACUAUGGAACCCAAUCAACGAAUCGAUGCUGACAGUUGCAUGCUACGAUGGGUCAUUGAAAGAUUUUGAUGUUGUGCAAGAUUUGAAGAAACCGGUGCACACCAUUCCCUACGCUCAUGAUAAAUGCAUAACAUCGUUGUCAUAUAACCCGGUAGGCCAUAUACUGGCGAGUGCAUCGAAGGACAGGACUAUCCGUUUUUGGACAAGAGCUAGACCUUCGGAUCCAAACGCAUUUGAUGACCCUACAUACAACAACAAGAAAGUCAAUGCCUGGUUUUUUGGGAUCAAUAACGGUAUUAACGCUGUCAGGGAAAAGACAGAAAAUGGAGCAGCACCUCCUUCCACUAACGGUACCGAUGGAUAUAGCAUACCGCCAUUGUCAUCAUCGAGUAAUACUUCAUCUCUACCUGGUUUGGAUUAUGCCCCUUCAAAGUCGACAAGUCUACCAGGAUUAAGUAUAUAG